AUGGCGACACUAAAGACAGCCAAUGACGUCUUCGCCAUCCGCGAAAUCCUCGAGCAGGUUCUCUCAUACAUGGAUGCGCAGGAGCUUCUCACGGUGCAAAGAAUCAGCAAGGUCUUCAAGACGACUUUUGAAUCCUCCUCACACCUCCAGCAGCUCGCCUUCCUCAAACCAACCAACGAUGAGGCCAAGCACCUAAACCUCAGACGCUAUCUGAACGGCUUCAUCCUCAAGAAAGUCCACCGCGGAGGUUUCUUCACCAGCGGAGGGGACACAUCUCCACUGCUACCACACUGGAGGAUCCGACGCCUGGAUCUGACCAUGCCAUUUUCUGAUCCACGUCAGCAGACGAUAGGGGUGGAAUUUGACCACUACAGACCUAGAGACUUUCAAGUCCCAGAUAAGCGGGUUUUCAACAGUGGCUCGUGGCGGCGGAUGAGGUUCGCGGAUCCUGGAGUUAGAGUGCGGCUUCGUGCUACGACUUGUUAUCAUAGCGCUGACAUGAAGCAAUGUGCUACUCUCGUUAAGACACUAAGGGACGAUGCUACUUUGGGGGAUGUGGUGGAUUGGCUUGAUGAGUGGGUGAGGGAGAGCGCUACGAGGAAGAACUGUGUGUUCGGAGGCGGCGUGGUGACAUGGGACCGCCGGCCACGUAGGUCAAAACCAUAUGAUUUUGACCCGAGCGAGUGGGAUUCGGAUUCGGACGGCUCAGAUUCGGAUUCGGAUUCGGAUGAUUCAGAUGAUUCAGACUCAGGCGAUUCCAAUCGAGACGAUUCCGAUUCAGAUGACUCCAAUUCGAACAACUCCGAUCCAGAUGAUUCGGAUUUCGAUAAUUCAAAUAUCGCUAUCUAA